AGUUUUCACACGUGUUUGAAUUAUUUUGAAGUUUCGGCUCGAGCGUGCGUUUGAAUAUACUGAUCUAGUAUAAACAUUUAGUGAUUAAGUGAUAAUAAACGACGAGAUGUCCGAGUGCAAGCUGCACAGCGUCAGGUUUUACAAGCCUAAACCUAUGGCAAUUUACUGCAUGGCAUACAACAAGUGUUCGAAGAAAUUGGCCGUCUCAAGAUCGGACGCUUCCAUAGAGAUUUGGAAUUUAAAGAAUACCCCGUUCAUUGAAAAGACUAUUGCUAGUAACUCCAGGAAUUACAGUAUCGAGGGAUUGGCAUGGUCUGGUGAUCGUUUGUUCAGUGUGGGUCUGCAUGCCUUGCUGAUUGAGUAUGACUUGAAGAAGUUAGCAGUUAAGAAUUUCACGAGUGUCACUGGACAGACGGCUUUCUGCUUGGAUGUGAACAAAAGUCAAACGAAUAUAGCUGUUGGCACUGAGCAAGGGUACAUCAAUAUUUUCACUAUUAACGAUGAUGGUGUGGCGUUUGAAAAGUUCUUGGAUAAGCAGGAGGGAAGGAUACUUUGUUUGAAGUACGAUGCAACUGGGAAUUUCCUUGUGACUGGUGGAUUGGAUGCGAUCAGGAUUUGGAAUGUGAAGACAGGAAACGCUAUACAUCGGAUGACCACGGGUCGUACGAAAAGGAAGCAGGAGACUAUCGUUUGGUGUCUGGCGGUGACGUCCGAUUUCACUAUUAUAACUGGAGAUUCCAGAGGGAAGAUUUCCUUUUGGGACGGUAAUUUGGGGGUGGCCAUUUCCAAUUACACAUCGCAUCAGGCGGACGUGCUGAGCCUUUGUUUGAGCGAGGAUGAGAAAACCGUUUAUUGCUCGGGGAUUGAUUCGUGGAUAUUCUCUUUCGUUAAUGUUAACGUUAAGGAUGGUAUGCAGAAGUGGGUGAAGUGCUCGAAGAGGGUCGUGCAUGAUCACGAUGUGAGGGCUCUUUGUAUGGGUGACGGUAACUUCUUGUAUUCUGGAGGUGUUGAUGGAUACGUGGGUCGUUCCUGUCAUCCGCCUAUGACGGUUGUCAAGUACCCACCUAUUUAUCAGAGACCCAACGUCGUCGUUGCAUCUAAAACGAAGUACAUAUUACUCAAGUACCCUGAUUAUUUGGAGGUUUGGAGCUUGGGGAAUGGAGACGAAAGAUACGAGAGCAACGAAAGCAAGAACACGUUUAAAUUGAGCAAGGAGAACAAGAGGUUAUUAGUGCUGCAAAGGCAGGUGAAUAAUGAUUUGGGCAAGAACAGGAACGAGGGUAUCAUAACAGCUGCGAUUUCGCCGAACGCCAAAUGGAUAGUUUUCAGCACGACGUCCGCACUGAGAUUAUUCAAAUUCGUAUGCGAUGAAGAGGAGGAAAAUGUCGAAUUAAUCCCCUGCGAUAAUUUACCGCAAGAGUGCGGGGUCAGUUUGAAUGCAGUCUUUACAACGGACAGCAAUCAGUUGAUUCUGUCCAACGAGGAGGGAACUGUGCAGGUGCUGAAUUUGAAGCGCGAACCGAUGCUGGUCCAAACCAUCGAAACCGAUUCAUUCUUCAAAGAUGCGAUUACGAUAAUGGAGUGCUGCGGGAAAUAUUUGCUGGCCGCGGAUACGCGGAGCAACAUCGCUGUUUGGGUGCAGACGGAUAAAAGUUGGCGAUUACAUUGCAAGUUGCCCAAGUAUAAAUGCGCUCCGACCGCCAUCCGAAUCCAACCGGCUACAUCCAACAUAGUCAUAGCAUAUUCGGAUCAAAAGAUUUUGGAAUACAGUUUGGAAUUGAAGAAGACGACGAAGGUUAUCAAGGAUUUGGAAGGAAAGUGCGAUAAAACUCUGAACAAGCAUUUGAGCAUCAGGAAUAUCGCGUUCGAUCCCAACAACAGCAACGUCAUCGUGCUGCACGAUGAUAGCUGCAUGUACGUGAUCAACAAAGAUCCG